CGGGGCUGCGGGGCGAGCGACGCGGCGGGGAUCCGGCGGCGCGGCCCGGGACGGCGAGACUCGGCAUGGCGAUGGCGGCGUGCUCUUCACAGACAGUGCUGUGACCUGGCCCUGCUCACAGCUGAGGAGCCUGACCGCCAUGGCGAGCCCCACUCUGAGCCCCGACUCCUCAUCCCAGGAGGCCCUGUCAGCCCCCACCUGCUCUCCCACCUCCGACUCUGAGAACCUCAGCCCCGAUGAGCUGGAGCUGCUGGCCAAGCUUGAAGAGCAGAACCGGCUACUGGAGGCUGACUCCAAGUCCAUGCGCUCCAUGAAUGGCUCCCGGCGGAACAGUGGCUCCUCGCUGGUGUCCAGCUCCUCAGCCUCCUCAAACCUGAGCCACCUAGAGGAGGACACGUGGAUUCUGUGGGGCCGGAUCGCCAACGAGUGGGAGGAGUGGAGACGCCGGAAGGAGAAGCUCCUGAAGGAGCUGAUCCGCAAGGGCAUCCCGCAUCACUUCCGGGCCAUCGUCUGGCAGCUCCUGUGCAGUGCCACAGACAUGCCAGUCAAGAACCAGUACUCAGAGUUGCUCAAGAUGUCGUCCCCCUGCGAGAAGCUCAUCCGCAGGGACAUCGCCCGCACCUACCCAGAGCACGAGUUCUUCAAGGGCCAGGACAGCCUAGGCCAGGAGGUCCUCUUCAACGUCAUGAAGGCCUACUCGCUGGUGGACCGGGAGGUGGGCUACUGCCAGGGCAGCGCCUUCAUUGUGGGCCUGCUGCUCAUGCAGAUGCCUGAGGAGGAGGCCUUCUGUGUGUUUGUGCGGCUGAUGCAGGAGUACCGCCUGCGGGAGCUCUUCAAGCCCAGCAUGGCCGAGCUGGGGCUCUGCAUCUACCAGUUUGAAUACAUGCUACAGGAGCAGCUCCCGGACCUGAACACCCACUUCCGCUCCCAGAGCUUCCACACGUCCAUGUAUGCCUCAUCCUGGUUCCUCACGCUCUUCCUCACCACCUUCCCACUGCCUGUCGCCACCCGUGUCUUUGACAUCUUCAUGUAUGAGGGCCUGGAGAUCGUCUUCCGGGUGGGCCUCGCCCUGCUGCAGGUGAACCAGAUGGAGCUGAUGCAGCUGGACAUGGAGGGGAUGUCCCAGUACUUCCAGAGGGUGAUCCCCCAUCAGUUCGACAGCUGUCCAGAUAAGCUGAUCCUCAAGGCUUACCAGGUCAAGUACAACCCCAAGAAGAUGAAGAGGCUGGAGAAGGAGUACGCGGCCAUGAAGAGCAAGGAGAUGGAGGAGCAGAUUGAGAUCAAGAGGCUUCGGACGGAGAACCGGCUCCUGAAGCAGCGGAUCGAGACCUUGGAGAAGAUCCCCGUCAUCCCUGGCAGAUCCUGGCCUCUGCUGUGCUGUCCACCCUGUGGACAAGGACUUAUUUCUCCUCACCGGGACAGAGGCUGCACGCGAGAGCCUGGGCCCCGGGGGCAGGUGACGCGCGCACAGGAGGCGGAGGAGAACUACGUCAUCAAGCGGGAACUGGCUGUGGUGCGGCAGCAGUGCAGCUCGGCGGCCGAAGACCUGCAGAAGGCGCAGAGCACCAUCCGGCAGCUGCAGGAGCAGCAGGAUAACCCGCGCCUCACCGAGGACUUUGUGGCCCAUCUGGAGACGGAGCUGGAGCAGUCACGGCUUCGGGAGACUGAGACCCUGGGGGCCCUUCGGGAGAUGCAGGACAAGGUUCUGGACAUGGAGAAGAGGAACAGCUCGCUGCCCGACGAGAACAACGUGGCUCGGCUUCAGGAGGAGCUGAAGGCCCUCAAGGUUCGGGAGGGUGAGGCCGUGGCCUCGGCGCGGGAGCUGAAGCUGCAGCUGCAGGAGCUCUCGGACACCUGGCAGGCCCACCUAUCCCGCGGUGGCCGCUGGAAGGAGUCCCCGCGGAAGCUGGUCCUGGGCGAGCUGCAGGACGAGCUGAUGAGCGUGCGGCUGCGCGAGGCCCAGGCGCUGGCUGAGGGUCGAGAGCUGCGGCAGCGCGUGGUGGAGCUCGAGACGCAGGACCACAUCCACCGCAACCUGCUGAACCGUGUGGAGGCUGAGCGCGCGGCGCUGCAGGAGAAGCUGCAGUACCUGGCGGCGCAGAACAAGGGGCUGCAGACGCAGCUCAGCGAGAGCCGCCGCAAGCAGGCGGAGGCCGAGUGCAAGAGCAAGGAGGAGGUGAUGGCCGUGCGCCUGCGGGAGGCGGACAGCAUGGCGGCGGUGGCCGAGAUGCGGCAGCGCAUCGCGGAGCUGGAGAUCCAGAGAGAGGAGGGCCGCAUCCAGGGCCAGCUGAACCACUCGGACUCGUCGCAGUACAUCCGCGAGCUCAAGGACCAGAUCGAGGAGCUGAAGGCCGAGGUGCGGCUGCUGAAGGGCCCGCCGCCCUUUGAGGACCCGCUGGCCUUCGAUGGGCUGGGCCUGGCGCGGCACCUGGACGAGGACUCGCUGCCGUCGUCCGACGAGGAGCUGCUCGGCGUGGGCGUGGGCGCCGCGCUGCAGGACGCGCUCUACCCGCUGUCCCCACGCGACGCGCGCUUCUUCCGCCGGCUGGAGCGGCCGGCCAAGGACAGUGAGGGCAGCUCCGACAGCGAUGCCGACGAGCUGGCCGCGCCCUACAGCCAGGGCCUGGACAACUGAGGCCGUGCCCCGGGUGCUCGGAGCCAGGGGGGACCGCCGCCAGCCCGCUCCUGCGUCGGCGCCAGCUCUUCACAGACUCCAACCCUCUGCGGUUUCACCCACCCAGAGGGCCAGGCCCAGCGCGCAGCCAGGCAUAGAGGGUAGGGCCGGAGGCUGGGGAUCCUCACAGUGCCCUGGCAGGCCCACCCUCCCCAGCAGUGUUUACCCAUCUUGGUCCGUUCCCCUCUCGGCCCAUUUAUCUGGAAGGUCUGCCCCUCUUAACAGCCAGGGCCAGGAGGACCCAAGGGUCCCAGGACUGCACCAACAGAAGCUCCCCCUCCUAGUCUGCCUCCUCCUGGGACAAGAGCGGCCCUGCCGGGAAGGGCCCAGACUCUGGGGCAGACCUGAGGAGGAAGGUGCCCCUGUAGGCCGGACUUUACCACCCAUGCAGGCCCUGGGGACCCUUGGCCUCUGGAGACAGAUGGCCAGGCGGGGCUUCCCUGCCUGGAGCAGGCAUUGUGGCCCCUGCAACAGAAACCAAAGUCCCCCUACUGAGUGCAGGGCUGCCAGGGUGUGAGUGGCCAGCUGGAACCAGCCAGGGCCUGGGCAGUAUCUGUCACUGCUUCCUGGGGGCCAGAGCAGCUGUAAGGAAGUGGAGAGACCUCCCCCUCCCCAGCACCCCACCUCUUCCUCUGUGGCAGUCCCAUCACCUCAGCUUGGCCAGUGACGGAGGGAGGGGGGCUCCCCGCGCAGGCUAGCCUCCUCUCCAGGGGGUCCCCAGCCUACAAUUCCCUUCCUCCUCUGUAUCCCUAGCCCCACCCUCCAGCCCCAGGGGAGGAGGCCUCCUGGCUGAGUGCCCCCCCCCCACCACCUGCUCACAGUGGUCCCGUGGUCUCUGCUGAGUCAGAGCCAAGAACGGUGCCAAAGUCCAACGAUGCCCCCAGACCCGACCCCCCGGGACCUCCUGACCCCCGGGCUGACCUUCUCGGUGCUCCUGGAGCCUAGAACAGCAUCACAAACAGUCCCCCUGGCGCUUCCUGGGGUGGGGAUCCAUGCUCAGUCCCCCCUUCCCAGUCACCCACUCAGUGUUACAAAGCCUGGGGAUCAGGGUGGGCAUCCCAGGGGCUCACCCACAUGCCCCCUGCACUGCCCACCACCAUUUUGCACACUGCCUGUUCACACUCCACAUGUCGCCCAGGCGGGAAAGAUGAAAAAUAAAGUGUAUUUACACAGUCA